AUGCCCGUUGUUUUGGUCCGCCCGACCAAUCGGACGCGGCGGCUGGAUUCUACGGGAGCCGGGAUGGGCCCUCGGUGGCGGCAGCAGGACUCUCCCCUGCCGACCAUAACGCAUUGCGCAGGGUGCACCACCGCCCGGUCCUCCUGCGGCUUUAACGGCCCCGGCAUGGACCCGCCGCGCCAGUUCCCGCCGGGGUUCGGCCCCGAGCAGCAGCAGCAGCAGCAGCAGCAGCAGCGCCCGCCGCCGCCGCCGCACUGUCAGCAGCAGCAGCAGCAGCAGCAGCAGCAGCACGGCCAGGACAAGCAGAGCCUCCUCCAGCAGCAGCAGCAGCAGCAGCAGAGCCCAUGCCUCCAGUGCAACAACUGCGCCUACUACGGGGCUGCUGCGGCAGCCGCGGGGGAUAACCUGCCCCUGCUGCUCCGCGCGUCCUCGCCCCUCUCGGGCGCUUUCCGGACUCGCUCCUCGCCGCUCUCCUCCGCCGCCUCCUCCCGGCAGGGCAGCCAGCUGAACGUCAGCGAGCUCACCCCGUCCAGCCAUGCCGGCGCGUCCAGGCAGCUUCACCAGUACCACCAGUACCACCAGUGCCACAGCCUGCAGCAGCAGGCAGCCAGCCCCAGCAGCAGUGUCAGUAGCGGCAGCACCCACCACCACCACCACCACCAUCACCACCACCACCACCAUCAGCAGCAGCAGCGCCGGGAAAGCAACCCCUUCACCGAAAUAGCCAUGAGCAGCUGCAGGUACAACGGCGGCGUCAUGCGGCCGCUCAGCAACCUGAGCUCGUCCCGCAGGAACCUACAGGAGCUGGACUCCGAGUCGCAGCCGCUCCAGCCGCCGCUCGCCAGCCCGGCCGCCGCCGCCGCCGCCCCUGCCGCCCCCGGCACCCCCGCUGCCCCGGAGAUCGUGGUCUCCAAACCCGAGCACAACAACUCCAACAACCUGGCGCUCUACGGCCCCGCCGGCCCCGGCCCCGGCCCCGGCCCGGGCGGCGCCAACAACGGGGGGGGCAAGUCCAGCAAGAAGAAGAACCAGAACAUCGGCUACAAGCUGGGGCACCGCCGGGCGCUCUUCGAGAAGCGCAAGCGCCUCAGCGACUACGCGCUCAUCUUCGGCAUGUUCGGCAUCGUCGUCAUGGUCAUCGAGACCGAGCUCUCCUGGGGCGCCUACACCAAGGAGUCGCUGUAUUCCCUCGCUCUGAAAUGCCUUAUUAGCCUCUCCACGAUUAUCCUGCUCGGGCUCAUCAUCGUGUAUCAUGCACGGGAAAUCCAGUUGUUCAUGGUGGACAAUGGAGCAGAUGACUGGAGAAUAGCCAUGACUUAUGAGCGUAUUUUCUUUAUCUGCUUGGAAAUACUGGUGUGUGCUAUACAUCCCAUACCUGGGAACUAUACAUUCACAUGGACAGCCCGGCUCGCCUUUUCUUACGCUCCAUCCACAACAACAGCUGAUGUGGAUAUUAUUUUAUCUAUACCAAUGUUCUUAAGACUAUAUCUUAUUGCCAGAGUUAUGCUUUUGCAUAGCAAACUUUUCACUGAUGCCUCAUCUAGAAGCAUUGGAGCAUUAAAUAAGAUAAACUUCAAUACCCGUUUUGUUAUGAAGACUCUAAUGACAAUAUGUCCAGGAACUGUACUGUUGGUUUUUAGUAUCUCGUUAUGGAUAAUUGCUGCAUGGACAGUCCGAGCUUGUGAAAGGUACCAUGAUCAACAGGAUGUUACUAGCAACUUCCUUGGAGCCAUGUGGUUGAUUUCAAUAACUUUUCUGUCCAUUGGAUAUGGUGACAUGGUACCUAAUACAUACUGUGGGAAAGGAGUCUGUUUACUCACUGGAAUCAUGGGUGCUGGGUGCACUGCCCUGGUGGUAGCUGUGGUGGCAAGGAAGUUAGAACUUACCAAAGCUGAAAAACAUGUGCAUAAUUUCAUGAUGGACACCCAGCUAACUAAAAGAGUGAAAAAUGCAGCGGCCAAUGUACUCAGGGAAACAUGGUUAAUUUAUAAAAACACAAAGCUGGUUAAAAAGAUAGACCAUGCAAAAGUAAGGAAACAUCAACGCAAAUUCUUGCAAGCUAUUCAUCAAUUAAGAAGUGUAAAAAUGGAACAAAGGAAACUGAAUGAUCAAGCCAACACUUUGGUGGACCUGGCAAAGACUCAAAACAUCAUGUAUGACAUGAUUUCUGACUUAAAUGAAAGAAGCGAAGAUUUUGAGAAGAGAAUUGUUACUCUGGAAACUAAACUGGAAACCUUAAUUGGUAGCAUUCAAGCUCUCCCUGGACUGAUUAGCCAGACAAUCAGCCAGCAACAGAGGGAUUUCCUCGAGGCUCAGAUACAAAAUUAUGAUAAGAACGUUGCCUACAGUGCUGAACGAUCACGAUCUUUGUCAAGAAGAAGGAGAUCAUCCUCCACAGCACCACCAACUUCAUCAGAGAGUAGCUAGAAGAGAAUAAGUUAACCACAAAAUAAAGACUUUUUGCCAUCA